CUGCUCGCCUGGUCCACAUUCCGGCCGGCCCAACAGAACCAGCUUCUAUCAGAAUGGCAGAAGGAAAGCCAAUGGAAGGCUGUGGUCAGUGCGUCAAGUACCUUCUAUUUAUUUCCAACUUUCUAAUCCUGCUUGGCGGGGCGGCCGUGCUGGCGGUCGGCAUCUGGACGGUGGUGGACAAGUCCGAGUUUGAGAAGCUGUUCGGCACCGACCUGUACGCCUCGUCAGCCUACAUCUUCAUCCCCAGCGGUGUUGUGGUAGUGCUCAUCUCGUUGCUCGGCUGCAUCGGCGCCGUCAAGGAGGUCCGCUGCAUGCUGUUUUCGUACUUCACGAUCCUGCUCGUGAUGUUCGUGGUGCUGUUAGUGGGCGGCAUCGUCAGUUACGUGUUUAAGCAACGCGUGCAGGAUACGAUUGAAGCACAGAUGAUGGUUUCCCUGGACGAGUACGAGACGAAGCCGGCCAUCAAGGACGCCUGGGAUGCGGCACAGACAACGCUGGCGUGCUGCGGCUUGUCGGGACCGCGCAGCUGGAGCGGUCACCUCAGCACGCUGCCCGACUCGUGCUGUUCCGGCCCGGCGGCCACCUCCUGCUCUGUGGCGCAGGCGCACCAGCUCGGCUGCCGCGACCGGCUGCAGCAGUUCGCGCUCGAUCACGCCUCCAUCCUGGGCGGCGUCGGCGUCGGCAUCGCUUUUGUCAUGCUGCUCGGCAUGGUCCUCUCGCUGGUGCUUUUUAAGAUGAUCAAGUGA